UGGCCGCAGUCACAGCUUGUCAGUCGUUGCAACACACUGCGUUGUAUUCUUAAACGUUUCAAUUUCACAAGUAUAUUAAAUUUUUUUUUUUUUCGUUGCAACACACUGCGUUGUAUUCUUAAACGUUUCAAUUUCACAAGUAUAUUAAAUUUUUGUCGCUGUAUAAUGCCGCCAGUCGAAAUAACACCCAUUUCCGGCUUGCGAGAAGAAAUUUGGUGCCGUUCAGCCAUAAGAGCACGCGUUACAUGGAAGUCGGAGAUAACCCAGUGGUCUCGAAUUCCGAAGCAUGGAACUACGCUCCUCAUAAAUUUGUUGGAUAAUAGCGGAGAAAUUACUGUCGUAAUAUUUGACGAUCUGUGCGCUGCGUUCUUCCCCCGACUCCUGACGGGUUACGUAUACGAUUUCUUUAAUUUUAAAGUGAGCAAGGAGCAGGAGAACCUUGAGAUUUUGAGUAACCCACUCCAAAUCUUCUUCGAUGACACAACCGUUGUACAACAGAGUACCCAGAAUAGCGAUAUUCCCUUAGUAAGGAAUAACUUUUUGCCGCUUUCCGAGGUUUCUGGAGUUCCAGAAAGAAUGCCAGUCGACGUAAUUGGCGUCUGCACGGAGGUUCGUCAGGUGGAUGAAAGAGGAGGCUACAUCAUUCGUGAAAUCAUGCUCAUAGACGGAACACACCGACCAGUCAGGUUGAAUCUCUGGGAUAAGAUGGCUAGAGAGUUUCAGGGUGAAGUGAAUGACGUUAUCAUGGCGAAAGGGGCGCGUGUCCUGUCUGAUAAUAACGAAAAAAAACUAAACGCCAACUGGUACACCAAUCUGCAGAUCAAUCCUAACAUUCCAGAGGCCAUCUCGCUGCGCGACUAGUACCAAGAAUUAAUGUAAAAAACCACCUGAUAUGUUUUAUGUUUUUACAAAAUCAAUUAAAAAUACAUGCUGACCAACGUCAAGAA